UGGAGUAUAAUAGUCACUAAUAAACAGUGGGUUGAAAAACAUUUUUUUCCCGAACUUUGAAGGUUCAAGCACUUUUUCUGGCACUUGUGCACGUUUCUGAGGACCUCCUGAACCUAUGUGGACGUGGAUUCUGGAUUCCAUUUUGGUGGGGUUUGUACUUCACCGGCUUUCAGUUCAAUGGCGUGCACGUCUCCAGCUCGUCUCCAACGAUGGCUCGUCUUCUCCGGCUCCUUCCUCACUGUUGGGGCUGCCUUCACUGUCGUCACCGGCGGAUUUGGAGGUGGGAUAAUAGGCGGAGGCCUCAUCGGCGCAGGCUCCUCUUUAGUAACUAUUCCUUUUGAGAAAAAAGUAAGAGGAGAACGUACGACAGAUGAAAACCUGUUGGAAGUCAUAAUUGCUGGCUUCAUAGUUGGAGCCGCAACGGGAGGCAUCAACAAGAUUGGAGGAUCACUAUACAAAGGAACUUUGGGUGUAAUCAAGUUCAUAAUACGAGCAGGUACUGGUGGUUCUUCGGGGGCGGUGGGUGGCGCUGUCUCUGCCAUGAGGAAAAGAGAAGUCAGCCCUGAGUUGGUCGCCAAGUCGAUGAUGGAAGGCCUUCUCACAGGAGCUUUUGGAGGUGCUUCCACCCACGUAGCUAGAAAUGUUUCCAAGCUUUUCACUGAUGGCACGGUGAAAGCGGCUACGAGAGUCGCAUUUAAAACAGGCACGGAAACUGUGAAGGAAGCUUGGAAGACAGAAGACAGAGAGGAGACAGAAAAUGGUCUGUUGGAUCGACUCCUUAAUGCAGCAAGAGUCUAUUGCUUCCACUCAGGAAUGUGCUAGAAAUGCUGCCAAGAGCUAUACAAAUUGAACCAGAUCCCAACAGUGCUAAUUUUGAAGAAGACUUGUUUCACCCUUCGAAGGAAAAUGAGGAAAGGGA